UGCAGGGCGGGGAGAAUUAUUUAUCCUACUAAUAGGCUUGAAUAUUGAAAGAGUAGUAUCCUCCCAGGGCCCAGGGGGCGAUCUCUAGAGUCAGCUCCUUCUAGUCUAAAGCUGCUUCCGGACGCUCUAGCUGCCACCUUGACGUCCUGGAGUAACUGAGAUCAAAAGAGGAUGAGUCAGAGUUGGAGGAAAGGGAUGAUUUAGGACGGAACCAAAUGCUUCAUGCGGUGGGUCCUUGAAGCGUGGGUUACGUGAAAUAAGUCUCUCUUUUGUUCCUUUUUAAGAGAAAGACCCUCACCAAAAAUUAAAGCUAGUUAUUAGUGUGCUUAUCUAGCUUCUCUUCGGCACCUUUUCCAUUCUGAGUUUACAAUUCGUUCCCAGUCUCUGUGCGCGUAACCCCCUCCCCGCCCUGAACUUGGUUCAAGCCGCCGGAGAGCCGAGCAGGAAAGAAAGGGGAAAGGAAGAGGGCCGUUCUUAAAGGGAUCGGGGCCGCUUUUGGCCGCCAGCUUUGCGUCAGCGCGGGCGGAAGGGCAGAUUUCUGGGAUUCCGGGGGCCCCCCCCGCCCGGCCGGCGCUGUGACGCCAGGAAGAAAGGUGGAGAGGAAGGACUUGGAGUCCCUCCCUGGGCCCCGAGCGAGCGGCCUAAGGGGAGCUGCCUCCCUGCAGGAGGAAGGCCGGCCGGGCGCCGGAAGCUGCACAGCUGGACCGGCUGAUGCCUGGGACGGCAGGGGGGGCUUGCACAUCUGGGUCCCGCCCGGGGCGGAGGCCGCGGGGUCCGCUGCGGCCCCGGAGCUGCUGAUGCGCGGGGGCGGACGGGGCGGCUGCACGGGGCCGGCGCCGGGGGGUGCCUGCGGGCAGAGGGAAGGGGCGGAGCGGCAGCCGGGGACGCGGCAGCCCGAGCCCGGGGCUUGCUUAGCUGCCUGACGCGGCAGCGCCCGGGGACCGCUGCCCCUCCCCCGCGUUUCCAGAGGCCGUCCCUCCGCGCCCCGCCGAGAUGCCGGAAGAAAACAUCUUUCUGUUCGUGCCCAACCUCAUCGGCUAUGCUCGCAUCGUCUUCGCCCUCAUUUCCUUCUACUUCAUGCCCAGCUGCCCGUUCACUGCCUCCUCCUUCUACUUGCUCAGCGGGCUCUUGGACGCCUUCGACGGGCACGCAGCCCGGGCCCUGAAUCAAGGAACACGCUUUGGGGCAAUGCUGGACAUGCUGACUGAUCGAUGUUCCACCAUGUGUUUGCUGGUAAACCUAGCUCUGCUCUACCCGCGGGCCACCCUGCUCUUCCAGCUCAGCAUGAGUCUGGAUGUUGCCAGCCAUUGGCUGCACCUACACAGCUCCGUGGUCCGUGGCAGUGAGAGCCACAAAACUAUUGACCUAACAGGGAAUCCCAUCCUUCGGCUCUACUAUACUUCCCGGCCAGUGCUAUUCAUCAUGUGUGCUGGGAAUGAAUUUUUCUACUGUCUGCUUUACUUGCUCUAUUUCUCCGAGGGGCCAUUAGUGGGUUCAGUGGGUCUGUUCCGACUGGGACUCUGGAUCUCCGCUCCUAUUGCUUUUCUCAAGUCCCUCAUCAGUGUCAUCCAUUUGGUCACUGCCGCACGCAACAUGGCUGCCCUGGAUGCUGCUGACCGUGCCAAGAAGGAAUAACCCUGAUGUCUUCUCUGCUUCCAGCAAAGUUCCAGCCCCGUUCCUCUCGCUGCCCCGCCCCCUGCCCCCCACGGGGCUGUUAUGCCCUCCCCCAAUGAGGUCAGCCUUUUAUGUAGCACAAGGCGAGUCCUCCACAGUGCUGUCACCUUCCCUCCAUGUCCCCCAGUGCUGUCAGAACUUCUUAAAGGCUGUCACUGUUCUUUGUCCCCCCUCCCACGUGAUACCACUUCCCAAGAUGAGGGUAGCAGCUAGACAUCAGAUGAGGGCUCUCUUCCUGGGGACAACGGUGGAAGUCCCAGCCACAGAGGUGAGGCCCUGGCUCCAUGACCUGGGGGUGGCUGUGCUCCUUGGGAGAGAUGGGGUGUCCUAGCACGGAGCCAGGCCAGGGGGCUGUUGGCAGCAGCCCCAGGAGACUCUGGGACCCAUGCAAGCUGGCAUGGUGCUGCUGUUUGAGGAAGAUGGCGUGGGGGCUGGGUCUCCACUAGGAGCCAAACUCCCCUCCUGGUCUGGACGGUCCAGGAUUGGAGGAGUCUUUGCCCUGGGGACUUUACCCAGGAGGGAAGGAGACUGUCUGGAUCCUUCCCUGUUGUAUUGUGUCUCAUGAUGUGUAAUCUGGCCCUGAGGCCUUGAUGAUAAAGGAGGAAACUUCACAAUCAGA